ACAAGCCGAGUAACAACAACACAACCACCAAUCAUCAACAUGAAGGGUCUUUUGGUCUGCCUUGCCAUCAUCGCUGCCGCCAGCGCAGCCGAGAUCCGCGAGAAGCGCGGAGUCUACGGACACGGCCAUCUGGGUCUGGACCUCGGCCAUGGUCACGGACACGGACACCUGAUCCACGGACACGGUGCCGCCCUCGCCGGACCCCACACCGGCCCCAACACCCUCGUCGGACCCUCCAACGGCCCGAACCACCUCGCCGGACCCCACAUCGGACCCUCGAGCCUGAGCGGUGCCGUUGAUCACGGAGCGCACGUCAGCGGUGCCAUCGCCGGACCCGCCAUCAUCUCCGCCUCCAAGGCUGGACCUGCCCAUGUGGAACAUCAUGGUCAUGACGAUCAUUACGGCCACCACGAUGGACACGCGCUCGUGCACGGCGUGCACGGACUCGCCCACCACGCCGUCCUGGACCACGGACACCACGGACACAGCGGCUUGGUGCUCGCUGAUCACGGACACCACGGACUCGUCGCCGUCGGACCCGCUCACCACGGACACGUCCUCGCCGGACACGGACACCACGGCGUGAUCGUCGGCGGACCCCACGGACACGGCGUCCAUCUGGCCGGACCCCAUGCCCACGGUGCCGCCCUCGCCGGACCCCACGCUGGCCCGGUUGCCAUUUCUGGACCUCAUGCCGGAGCCGCCGCCGUCUCUGGACCCGAUGCCGGUUCGGCUGUGAUCGCCGGCCCGUCGGGCACCAUCACGACGCACGGAGCCGGACACGGCGCCCACGUCGUCACCGGACACGGACACGGACACGGCCACUGGUAAAUCAUAUACACAUUGCCAACGAGUCAGUCAGCCCGCAAUGCCGCACCAACAAAAAAAAUCAUAUAGAUAGCUCUUUCUACCUAUAUAUAUGAAUAUAUAUAAAAUAUAUUAUAUAACUCACAUCGCGGAACUCACUACGGUCCAAAAAAAGAAAAGUCCAGCAGCAGCAUCAGCAACGAGAAACAACAACGACAAGUUCAUCUAUGUGUGACGAAUUUUUUUUUUCAAAGUGUGUGAAAUCGACGGUUCGAUCGAGAGCAUUUGUGAAUUACUUGUAUCACCUGCAGUCCCCCCGAACCUCUAGCCCCCCUCAACCCUUCUCUUAGCCUAUUUUAUACCACCCCCAACCCCACACUCUCUUCACUUCUUCUUUUUGUAUACUCUCUUGUACUCUCUGACUCUCUUCUCUUCUCUCUCAGUCUCUCUCUGUAUAUCCCCCCAUCCUUUUACGUGAUACGUAAAACGCACCAAAAACGGCCUUUGAGCAACGAUGAGCUCUUGGCCGAUCCAAGCAAGUCACCUUCCACCCCCCAUGUCCACCAACCUGCCCCCUAAACUAUAUAUAUUAUUAUAAAUAUUGUACAUUGAUAUUGUAAUUAACUUUCCUCGAUUCAUCGACUCGUUCUCGAUUUCGAUCAAAGUGAGAAAAAAAAGCAAAAGAAGUCGUCAGCUUUUUUCUGUUGUUUGUGUGUCGCACAAUUAUCUGUCGCGAGAGAUUCAUGCCAUUGAUAUAAAUAUUAUAUAUAUAAUUGUUUAUUAUAUAUACAUAUUAUAUAUAUUAUACAUUACCAUUAUUUUUUUUACUCGACUCGAAUUCAGCGGUGUAUGUAAAUAUAAGUAGAUACACGCUAAAUAA